UGGCAUUGACGUGUGCAUCAAAAAUUUUCAACGAAUUGUCCUAUUCUAAAGUUAUUGUUACCGACUGGGAAUUGGUGUUAAUGAGAGCUAUUAACAAGAUUUUUUUCAAUACUCAGCAUAUCCUUU